AUUUACUCAAAUUUAAUACUCCAAGAACAAACAACUUCCAAACUUCCCUCAUUCAUGCUCUAUCUUUCUUUCUCUGUGCUUCUUCAACGCUCCUUUUUUUUUGCAGAGCUGGAAAAAAAAAAGCACCCAUCUUUGAUUCAAUCUUCAUUCAUGUUACCCACGUCCUCCAUUUUUACCCAUAAUCUGAGCUCAAAAUACCCAAGUUUUUGAAAAAAUUUGAUCUUUGAAAAUUUCCUUCAAAUCUUUUUUUUGAAAGUUUCAAUCUUUUUAAAAAAAAUUGAGGAAUAUUACUGAUACCCAUUGAUUAAUUGACAGCAAUGACAGAAGUAUUACAUUCUCCAUCACAUUUCUCAUCAUCUUCAGAUAGAAGAAGAGGGGUUGAUUGUGAAUGUGAUUCAAGUUCAAGUUGUAGAGAGAGAAGUGAAGAUAUAAAGAGGAGAGAGAAAGAAAGGGAACAACUUUCUCUCCUGGCGAUUCUUGUGACUUUGUUUAGAAAGUCUCUGAUUGGUUGCACAACUGACAGGGAAGCUCGUAUUUCUGCUGCUAUGGAUAUUGGUUGGCCAACCAAUGUCCGCCACGUGGCUCAUGUCACAUUUGAUAGGUUUAAUGGCUUCUUAGGUUUGCCUGUUGAGUUUGAGCCUGAAGUUCCUAGGAGGGCUCCUAGUGCAAGUACAUCAGUCUUUGGUGUUUCCACGGAAUCCAUGCAACUCUCAUACGACUCUAGAGGCAACUGUGUGCCAACGAUACUUAUUUUGAUGCAAAGGUGUCUCUAUGCUCAAGGAGGCUUGCAGGAGGAAGGAAUUUUUAGAAUUACUGGAGACAACAAUCAGGAGGAGUUUGUUAGAGACCAAUUAAAUGGGGGUAUUAUACCAGAUGACAUAGAUAUUCAUUGUCUGGCCGGUCUUAUCAAGGCUUGGUUUAGAGAACUUCCAACCGGAGUUCUGGAUCCUUUGGCACCUGAGGACGUGAUGCAGUGUCAGUCUGAAGAAGAUUGUAUCGAGCUUGUGAGCCUGCUCCCUCCAACAGAGAGUGCUCUGCUUGACUGGGCCAUCAACCUGAUGGCCGAUGUUGUUCAAGAAGAACUCUACAAUAAGAUGAAUGCUCACAACAUUGCUAUGGUGUUUGCUCCAAAUAUGACACAGAUGGCAGAUCCUUUAACUGCAUUGAUGUACGCUGUUCAAGUGAUGAACUUCCUCAAAACUCUAAUCACAAAAAGACUGCAAGACAGAGAAGACGCAAGGAUAGACCCUGCUUUUGCUUCCUGUUCGGGACCUUCUGAUGAGAGCGGCCAUCAAAGCCCAUCACAGCUUUGUCUGGGAGAUUAUCUCGCUGAAGAAACUGAGGGAUCAGAAGUUGAGCACUACUCAUCUGAUGAUGAACCUGCUUUUGAUAGCCCCCAUGACGCCAAACAGUCCGAGGAUGGAGAUGAAUCUGAUGAUUCUCCAUUUCACUGGCAAUCUUUUAAGGGGUUUCAAGCCAGUCUAAAGAUCCAUUCGGGACCCGUGUUUCAAUCAAGUAUUUCCAUUGUCAGGAAAGAUUCUGUGCAAUUAAACAGGCGGCCUCCUGUGGGACCCACAGAGAAGCCGAGGACUAUGAGCAAGAGCAACCUUAGCUGUGUAAGUUCAAGGAUAGAGCGUAUCGAAGCAUGGCGGUAAAAGCAACUCUGCUUAGACCAUAUGUGUAGUUUUUGCCCAUUGAUUCAAAGUGGUAUGCUCACUGCACAUGUAUGUUUUGGAGAAGAUUGAAAUUGAGAUAACACUUCUCACUUGCUUUCAUUUUUUUUUUCUUUUUUCUUUUUUCUUUCCAUCUCUUUUUGCCCCAGUUUCUUCCUGGGUGCUCUAGCUGGAUGAUCUUAUGUGACAUAGCACGGAUAGCUAACAGGAUUCUCUGGCUCCCGUAGCGUAGACUGGUGCUUGUCACUGUUAAUCUUCGGAAAAGUGUGAUUCUUUGGGGGUCUGUUUGGUUUGACGGAAAAAAAUUUCAAUGGAAAAUGAUUUUCCGUGAAAGAAUAUCUUCCAAGGAUUAACAAAAUAGUUAACUUGUUAGUUGUUUCCCUUUAUUGGGUUGCUCACAAGAAUUGUUAGAGAACAAACAAAAAUAUUAAAAGAGGAUGAAUGCAAAAUCAAAGAGAAGAAGGUAAGGAAGAACAAUUUUCUAUUUUUGAAACUUUCUUUCUAACACUACCUUUCUUACACUUUUAGCAGUGUGAAGAAUUACUUUUGUAAAUACAAUUUUUUGAGGAAUUCUGUAAAUACUUUGUAUUAUUAAAAAAAACAACUUUUUAUUAUCUA